CUGUGAGUGUCUGUGAGAGUUCCUAUGGGUGUCAUUUAAGUUAAAAUUUGCACACACAGUCUGGAAUCUCAUGUAUUUGGUUUCAUUUAAAAACAGAGUUCAAUAUUCUGUGUGAUGACAUUGAACGCUGAGAGCAAACAGUGGGUCUUUUGUUGAGGUGCAGUCGAGGAUUAUCUCCGUCUUAUCAGGGGCGUUUUAUUAGGGAGGCUGGAGAAGUGGGGCCUUUUCCAGCAGCUGGGCYGGGCCACACAGUCACACUGGAUCUCUUACACUGUUAACUCAAACCUGAAGAGCAGAAUCACGCCACAGACUUAUUGCACGGAAGCUGAAGAUGGUUUUCCUCACGACGAAGAUGAUGCAAAGGACUGCGCUCUUUGUGACAUUUGGGAGCUUUGUCACAUCUCUGGUCACCACCUUUCUGCCCCUGUGGAAAACCAUGAACUCUGACCUGAACGAGGUGGAGAACUGGUUCUCUGGGCUGUGGCUCACCUGCCUUUACACGGAUGAGAGAGGAAUUCAGUGCAAAGCCUAUGACUCGGUUCUGGGACUGCCGGUGGACCUGCAGAUCUCCAGGGUCCUCAUGUUAAUAUCUAUAGGCACUGGAGCUUUUGCUCAGUUGGCUGCCUUCCCUGGUCUGGAAGGGGUUGGGAUGUUUGUGGGUCAACCUGGUGUCAAAAGAGGGCUCCUUAUWUUCAGCGGAAUCCUGACCUGGGUAUCAGGACUCACUACUCUGGCCCCUGUGUCCAUUGUGGCGUACACGACUGUGGUGGAGUUCUGGGAUGAAGGUUUUCCUGAUGCCAUGCCUCGGUGGGAGAUUGGCGAGGCGAUGUUCUCGGGAUGGUUUGGAGGAUUGGGACUGGUCAUCGGAGGGACCCUGUUCUUUGUGGCUGUGUGCAUGGGGGACUACGACUUGAGACCACCAAGCGUGGGACACUACGACCCGAGACCACCAARCAGCACUCAUGUGAAGUACAGGUCAAAGCACUACCUGAAGACGGAGGUUUUAUAGCUUCUCGUUAUGUUUCUGCACAACUGGGUUGUUCAAAUUAAAACAAGUUUGAACAACUUUGUAAAAAAAAAAAGAGAGAAAAAAACUACAAAAAGAACUUUGAAGGACAGGACUUUUUAUUUCCUACAUUUGUUACUGCAAGUUAAACUUUCCUUUUUUUAACUGAAAUAUUGUGAUGUGAUGAAAGUGCAUCAGAAACUGCUAUUUUUUAUUUUUCAUAUUUUUUGUAAGCAGMUCAGAAUGACUGAGCUGAAAUGUGUCACCACCAGCUUCUCAAUCACAUUUUAAAUAAAACUAUAAACCAUUGGCUUUUCAAAUCUGUGUGCUGAUGUAAUUUUUUUAAAAGAAAAACUCAUCCUCUC